CUUCGUCUCCCUGGAUCAGCGCAGACGCAGGGGUUGGUGUUUUGACAACAAAUGCUAGACGUUUCAUUUCAAUGGGAGACACGAAUCGGGUUACCUCGUGCCUGUACUGAAUCUGCUGAUGGCUUUUGUGCCACAGUAACCCAAUGCCUUGGCUAGUUGACUGGCGAGAGCCUCUCGCUGAAGUUUUGGAUUUGUGCUGCAAACCAUAUGCUCUGAAUUUACUGAGGCGCGACGUUUUGUCCCGGAUUCAUGUUCUACGCUGCCUCGGCUUCAGUCUCUGCUAGGCUUCAGGGAGGGCAGUCAGAGAGGGGCAAGGAGUUUCGACGUAUUCCCCAGCCUUCAGUGUCACAGCUCUGCACGCUUUAGAGCUCACACUAAAGCUCCACUGAAAGUUUUCUCUCUCCUUCUCUCUCUACCUCUCUCUCCCUACCUCUCUCUCUCCCUACCUCUCUCCCUCUCUCUCUCCCUCUCUCUCUCCCUCUCUCUCUCCCUCUCUCUCUCCCUCUCUCCCUCUCUCUCUCCCUCUCUCUCUCCCUCUCUCUCUCCCUCUCUCUCUCUCCCUCUCUCUCUCCCUCUCUCUCUCCCUCUCUCUCUCUCCCUCUCUCUCUCUCCCUCUCUCUCUCUCCCCUCUCUCUCUCCCCCCCUCUCUCUCUUCCUCUCUCUCUCUCCCUCUCGCUCCCUCUUUCUCUCUCCCUCUUUCUCUCUCCCUCUACCUCCUCCCUCUCUCUACCAACUCUCUCUACCUCCUCUCUCUUCCUCUUUCUCUCUCUCUCUCUUCUUUCUCUCUCUCCUGGGGGUGAUGGCUACUGCAUAGCAUGGAUGGUGAGAUCGAUAUUUACAGACACCUCACUUGGUUGAAAAGGGUCAAUCACCGUGCGCCUGUGAGCAAUGAAACGUGCCAGGACCGACUGACCAGGCUGGAAAGUGACCGGGAGUGCCUGGUGCUUCAGGUGAGUGUGCUCACAGACCAAGUGGAAGCACAAGGGGAGAAGAUCAGGGACCUGGAGUCUUGCUUGGAAGAACACCAGCUGAAGCUCAACACAACGGAGGAGAUGCUGCAACAGGAGCUGAUGAGCAGAACGACUCUUGAGUCGCAGAAACUGGACCUCAUGGAGGAGGUGAGCGCCCUGAAGGUUAAACUGUCAGGAAUAGAGAAGGACCGAUGGGAGAGCGAGGAUCUACAGCGGAGUGAGAACUUGCUCCGGGAACUACAGAGGCUGAAAUCCAAGGUGGAGGAACUGGAGAAUGAAAAGAUAGAAUACAAGCAGAGGCUGGAGGUCACACAGGCUGAAAUUGAAAAUCUUCAGGAGCAGCUCCACCUAAGAGAUAUCGAAAUUGAUCGUUUGCAGAGUCAACUCUCUUCCAGAGCUUCAGUGCAGAGUGACGGGUCAGACCGAGAGGAUGUGUACAGGAAGAAACUAAAAGACAAACAUCAAGAGGUUCAGAAGUUGAAAGUCGGGCUGGAUUCCCUACUGGCUGCCAACGAAGAAAAGGACCUGCGGAUUGAAGAACUGAAUCGCCUCCUGGCCCAGUGCAAGAUGAUGAAGCAGAGGAUGCUGAUGGCUCAAGGUUCUUCAGAACAAAUCCUCUUGGGGAGCAGUGAAGAGGAACUAAGUGUCUGCUCAAAGGUAGCCACUCCCACCAGGCUCAGACACUCCGAAGAAAUGAAGCCAGAGCAGCUGUCACCCAGUGUGUACUCAAUCCCAGUGGGACUACGUCUGACUCCUGUGGAGAUCAACGCGAGAAGUAUGGAGAUUUCUCAUGACCGGAGCACCUCUGUGGACGAUGGACUCACAGGUGAAAGCCACUGGGCCGAGCCAAAGUGGACGUCUGCCAGCCUGGAGGAGCUGAACACCACACGCAGCCCAAAGCUCUCAGUCAGGGAGAACGAGGAACCCCCACAUCUGGAGAGGAAACUUUACUUGGAUGACAACAAGUACCAGACCCUCCCUGGGAAACUCUCCCCAUCUAGUCACUUGGACAAGGCUGAGCAUUUCCCUCUGAAGCAAGAAUUGGCUGCGGCUCCGAGCGCAUCACCAACAGGUCCUGAAGAGUGGGAAAGCACGGCAGCCAAUCUGAACCGGAUCAGGAGCGCCAGCGCUCCAAAUUUAGGGGAGACGGAGAUCAGUGUUGACUCCACGCUCAGCUCCUCUGACCUUUCUCCUCUCUCCUCGACUGUUGAGGGAGACCAGUUCCCUCCAAGUUCUUCGGAAAACAAAAAGAACAAAGGGCUGAAGAAAUUCCUGGGGAAAAUACGAAGGGCGCACUCCAGUUCACUCCAGGAUGAUGACGAGGGCGCACUGGAAUUCAAGAGGGGCGGCCUUCGAGCAACUGCAGAACCCUGUUUGGCAAGGUCGAGGGAACUCUCCGCUACACAGAUGGAUCCCAGCAUACCUUUCCAUCAGUGGACAACUGACCAGGUGUGCGCUUGGCUUGAGAAUGCUGGCCUGAGUCAGUAUGUGGCUUUGGCCAGACAGUGGGUCAGUACUGGACAGAAAUUACUUGCAGCAACACCCCAAGAACUGGAGAAGGAACUUGGAAUCAAGCACCCUCUGCACCGGAAGAAGAUCCAGGUGCUACAGAAGGCAGCGGAGAGCGGUCAGAAUGACGGCCCCGGGAAGCUCAACCACAUCUGGGUAACACGUUGGCUGGAUGACAUCGGCUUGCCUCAGUACAAGGACCAGUUUACUGAGGCCAGAGUGGACGGUCGGAUGCUGCAGUACCUCACUGUGAAUGACCUCUUGUUCCUGAAGGUCACCAGCCAGCUGCAUCACCUGAGCAUCAAGUGUGCUAUCCACGUGCUCCAUGCCAAUAAGUUCCACCCCAACUGCCUGCGGCGUAGACCUUCCAACGAGAAUCACACAACGCCAUCUGAUGUGGUUCAGUGGUCCAACCAUCGCGUGAUGGAGUGGCUGAGGUCGGUCGAUCUCGCGGAGUACGCACCAAACCUCCGAGGGAGCGGAGUCCAUGGUGGCCUUGUUAUCUUGGAACCACGAUUUAACUCUGAAACAUUGGCUUUGCUCCUGAACAUCCCACCACAGAAGACUUUACUUCGAAGGCACCUGACGACACACUUCAACCUGCUUAUAGGUCCUGAGGCGCAACGGGAAAAGAGGGAGUUGAUAGAGUCCAGUAACUACAUGCCUCUGAAUACCACAGCAAAAGUGAGGCCAAAGAGACUCAGUUUCUCACACUUUGGGAAUCUGAGGAAGAAGAAGAUCGAUGAGAGCAAUGACUACAUCUGCCCCAUGGACUUCAUGCAGCCAGCGGCCAACGGCUCCCAGCGGAACAGCAGCGGCUCCAGGCCGAGGAAGGCAGUGGCCGACAAGGAUUUGAGCAGACUGGGCCAGGUGGAAGAUUCUGAGAGGACGGUACAACAGAUUGGGGCAUUCUCCGAGGGUAUCAGCAACCUCACGGACGACGAGAAGAAUCACUCAACACCGCACAGUGUACCAGAACACAAGCAAGUGGUAAUCCAUCUUCACAUUGGAGCCUACUCAACGGUUCAAAAGGAGAUCAUGUCACUGCCAAAUAUGACCACCAACAUCCUGAAGGAUAUUCUAAAAAUACCAGAGAAGCUUUACAUUGUUCAGCAGUUCAACCAAUGCAUCGUCUUUGCGUCGCAGAGAGUCAAAGAGUACGUUGGCUUUCAGGACCCUGAGGGCAAACUGAAGCUCAGCAACUCCAUGCUGAUUGAUAUCUUCCUGAUGACUUACAUUAACCGGAGCGUGCAGUGUAAGCUCACCGAAUCAAUCAGCUGUACCAGACUGACCAAGGAGCAAACCAUUCUGCUGGGCGCUGACUGGGUUUGGUCUGUGCACGACCUGCCUUCCAAAAACCCCAAGCUGCAGAUUGCCGUGCAGGUGAUUCACAUGGAGAGGAAGGAAGAGCAGGAGGAAGAGAAGAGGUUUAAGAUCACCGAAUCUAUGGAAGUCGCCAGGGCAGUGGUGAUCAAUAAGACCAACCACGAGAAGAUUGCCAGCUUUUGCAACUCCAUCGGCAGGGAUUGCUACGGGCUCUUCCUCUUCUUUGGGCACAAGGGGGACCCAAAGACAAUCUGCGGAGUCCUCAGCAACAACUUCCACGCGCGCUUAGAGAACGGGCACGGGCUGGACAACACCUUCCUGUUGGAAAGCAUCGCGAAGGCCAGGACUGUUGUCACGCCAGGAAGAAUGUUGGAGCUAAUCCUUCAGAAAGAUGGUCUGCCAGAGGACUUAAAGCCAAUCUGUGUCAAGUUCACUCAGUGACCUUCACUGAGGCAAAUCUCCAAGCAGCAUUGAUCAUCUGAAACCUUUGGCAUGUUCAGCUUUCUCAGGAGGCAAGCCGUGAACACAGAACAUUACAGCACAGUUCAGGCUCUUUAGCCCGCAAUGUUGUGUGACCUUUGAACCUACACCAAGAUCAAUUUAACCCUGCCCUCCCACAUAGCCUUCCAUUUCUCUUUCAGCCAUGUGCCUACCUAGGAGUCUCUGCCUGUACCACCACUCCUGGCAGUGUGUACCACAUAUCUACCACACUGUGCAAAGAACAUAACUCUGGCAUCCUCCUAUACUUCCCUCCAAUCACCUUGAAAUUAUGUCCCCUCAUAUUAGUCUCGUAUAGCUGCUAAGGAAAAGGGCAUCAACUCUAUCUCCAUCAUCUUGUAAAUCUCGAUAAAGUGACCUCUCAUCCAUCUCUGCUCCAAGGAGAAAAGCUGAUGCUGUCUCAACCUGUCCUUGGGAGACGUCUUUAGUAUCUUCUGGUUUGUGACUAUGGAUGACAUUUUGGGUCGAGACCAUUCAUCAGGACUGGAAGGGAAGUUCAAAGUUCAAAGUACCUCUCAAAUGGCAUUCAGAACUGAAGUUCACAAAAAUGAGUCCAUAGGCCCAAAGCCAGCAGCCGAUUAAGCAGCUGGCUACUUGCAGGCCAGAGCCUCAGUUCAGUGCAGAGACGAGUAAACCCCAUGGAGUCGUGGAGCAGUGAGAUGAACCAGACCAUCCCCUCGCUUCCAACGCCAACACGCUGACCUUUUCAAUCUGGCCCAGCGCUUAAAUCGUCCAAAUCUUGAUUCAAGUUGAAGUUCAAGUUUAAUUGUGAUGCAGCCAUACAUGAUGAAUUCACACGAACACAGCCAAACAAAACAGUGUUACCCUGGGCCAAGGUGCAAAACACAGCACCAACAGCACACAGCACAAAUAGCACAUGUGCCACACUGACUCUCCUGGACUGCUGCAAACAAGCAACAGCCUGGCUUGAGGCCUAGUCUCCACUAUGACUGAGGCCAUGCAGUUCCCCCACCAUCAGUCUCUAUCCAACAAACCUGUGACGUGCAGCAUUCCACAUUACCAAUGUCCAACAGGGUCUUGCAUUCACAAAAAGCGACUAAGACAAUCACUCUCUGUUUGACUGCACGCCACAUUCUCACACCAAUGCCUCUCUGUAGGAGGCAGCAGCACAAUCCACAUCGUCUAGCUCUGUCAGUUUCUCCACCAAUGAGCAACUUGUUGAUGGGAUAGGCCUACAGCACUUUACGUUCUUAAUGUCCAACAGGGUCUUGUAAUUCCAGACAUCCCACCCUGCAAAAACUCAUUUCAGGGAGGUAACACCAUCAAUUUGCGGGAAACUCCCGGAACUUCUGGGAAAGGUGGGAUGUCUGCAAUAGAGUAGCUCCUUAGCAGCUAGCCAGCUAGUUUAAAUAACGUUGGCUAUGCUAAUGAAUGAAUGACACCUGUUAAACUCACCUCAACAUGUCUUUUACAGUCUUAACCCACCAUGGGCAGUAGAAAAGUCUCUGUUGCAAACAG